AUGGAACGCGGCUGCUGUACCGAUACACUUGGCGCGUGGACCUUGCUAAAGAAUCGUUGGCGCAACUACGCCCUCAUACAGCACCAAACACGGGCCAAGAUUACGUCGAGCAAGACAGUAGCCGCGCACCCGUGUGGCCUCCAGGGCUACAAGCUUGCAGACGAUGUCACCGUGGGCAUUGAUAUGUGUCUAAAACUUCGCAUUAUGGGUGAUGAGUCCAAGGUCCAAACGGGCUGGAGGUGCAGCUCCGCGCAGCUCAAGAUGAAUCAGUGCGGGCACUCACUCGCAGUGUGGAGCACACGGAAGUGUACCAGCUUCAUGACGGCACGAUGUGACAACGAUCCAAGACGGGAGCUCUCGACUUUCGCACAAAUAGACCAGCUAAUCCACGAGUUCCACUCACCCACGAAUAGACCAGCUAAUCCACGAGCUCCACUUAACCACGUGGAAGACGUGGAGAAGCUGUUCUACUGCGUCACAGAGAACAUCAAACAUAGUCCGGUCACACGUACGGCAUACAGAUCAUCAGCGUUGUCAUCACGAACGUCACGCUUCCUCUGGAACUCAGAAGCAAAUGCUGAGUCGCACGACGCAUGUGAGUGCCAUAAAGAAGCAAAGCAUGAAACCGAUGAGCGACGUGCAGAUGUUGCAGUACAAGGACCAGAAGACCACCGUGACUUUAAAAAAACGAGACGUGAGGCAUCAUUAAAGAUCGCCGAGAUUGAGGCGAAGACGGUACGGAUCUCUGGAGAGAUCAAUGCUCACUGUGACGCCGACAUCGACCUCAUCAUGCCGAGAAGACAGCCCUACAGAUGCAGCUAG